GUUUGCAGUUUCAUUCCAGUAUGAUCAGUCAUUUUAGUUCAAAAGUCGUAUGCUCCAAUUCCGCUUCGAGUGCUGAAAGAAAUGAUGACAAAAACGAAAACUGAGACAACCGUUGGAUCUUUUGGGAUAGAAAGUAAAAAAUGUGAGGAUGAAAGACAUCGUAAUAAACAAGGCUUAGGAUGGAUUAUAACGAGUUUUUUUGUCGUCGGUGAUUUAGCCGGUGGUGGAAUUGUCGCCUUACCAGCAGCUAUUGUGCAAACAAAUUUUUGGCCCGGAUUAAUAAUGAACACUGUGAUGGCUUUAGCAAUGACAUACACAGCGCACAUGUUGGGUCUUAAUUGGGCUAUCCUGCAGCGCAGAUGGCCAGAAUAUCGGGAACACUGUCGUAAACCGUAUCCUGAAAUGGGUGCACGCGCAAUGGGUAACACUGUAAAGCAUAUAGUAUCGGUGUGUAUUGACGUAACACAGUUUGGUAUCGCUGUUGUGUACCUGUUGUUAUCAGCAAAAAAUAUAAGCGAUUUUAUCGAUGCCUUCUUCAAAAUUGAAAUAUCAUUUUGUUAUGUAUUGUUAGCAGUUGGUAUUUGCCUCCUACCGAUUACAUUCCUGAAGUCGCCACAAGAUUUUUGGUGGGCUAUAAUACUGGCAAUGAUUACAACAGCGCUUGCUCUAAUAAUGGUUAUGAUUGGCGCAGUGAUGGAUUAUUCCACUUGUGCUCCGGAAAGGGCCAUUAACAAGAAUAUCGUACCGUCGAACUAUUUUCUUGCUCUUGGAACCAUUUUAUUUUCCUAUGGUGGACAUGCCGCAUUUCCAACGAUUCUUCAUGACAUGCGGAAACCGUAUCACUUUACACGGUCAUCCGUUAUGGCAUUCGUUAUUGUGUAUAUGCUUUACACACCGGUCUGUAUUCUGGCUUAUAUGACGUAUGGGAAUUCCUUACGUGAAUCCAUUCUUAAUUCUGUUCAAAAUACAGCCUUACAACAGGGCGCUAAUAUUUUGAUUACUCUUCAUUGUAUACUUACACUCACUAUUGUGUUCAACCCUCUCAAUCAGGAAGCUGAGGAAAUGUUUGGCGUCCCACAUCAUUUUUGUUGGCAAAGAGUACUGGUUCGAACAGGAAUGAUGCUGACAGUGGUUUUCGUUGCAGAAAGCUUACCUGUAUUUGGACCAGUGCUAGGUUUAGUGGGUAGUUCAACCUUAACCCUCACUUCACUUAUUUUUCCAUGCUUAUUCUACCUGUACUUGACAGUUGGUGAUGAAAUUUCUGAAGAAAAGGGAAAGAAAAAGCCAGAUGAGAUACCUUCUUUUGCUGAAGUGCUGUUACGAUCACCCAGACGACGUUUGAUCAUCUGCUCAUUAAUUAUUGUUAGUGGAUUGAUUGGUGGUAUUUUGGCAACCUAUACAUCACUCAAGGAAAUGGCAACAACGAGAUUCACUGAGCCAUGUUACAUCCAACCGUUUUUACCAUCUACGGAUUCGAAACCUCCCGAGGGUUAUCUGAAUUGUUGUGGAGCGUGGCAAAAUAUUUCACGAUUAGGGGACGAUGCCGAUUGCAAUCCGUAUCUGGACUUCUAUAAUGAGAAAUAGAUGAACGAAUAUCCAUCAAAUUUGCUUUUAUUCUUGAAGCAUUCCGGAAAAAAAAUCGAAAAAAUUUAACUAUUCGAC